AUGGCUGCCUCGGCACUGGACACGCUGCUUUGGGCGAUCGCCCCGGCGGCUGUCGUGGCUCUGUCUGCAACUUUGCAGCCCGAGACCCUGCUGACUGGCGGCGUCAUGGUGGCCCAGGGCAACUGGAACCACACAUCGCUCGAGGCACCGUUCACCGCCCUGCAAGCACAGCGGGACGAGCGCGCGGGCGCCAACGGUUGCAGUGGUACUGCCGCUCUUGGGCUGGGGGGGCCGGGCGCAAAGGGUCCAGGAUAG